AUGAAAGAAGGAGUAGAUAUCUCAGACUUCAACCUAAGCGAUCUACCAGAUAAGCCUCCAAACUUCAUGAAGCAUCCACGAGGACCCUCUGAGAAGGCGAGGCAAGCGAAGAAGGCAAGACUAGGAGACUCCUCCGGAUCAAGACCUCCAGCACCUCUGCAUGGGCCUUCUGGUAAGUCUGUUUCUCUUGCUCCCUCUGCACAAACACAUCCAAUUGCUUCUUCUAUCCCUCAACCAACACCUAUCUACACUCACUCAGAAACCCCUCCAUCAACCACCAAAACAUCUCAUCAACCAUCCCAGAAAUUUAACCUUGCCACCACCACCUUACCUCUUUCUGACGCAGAAAUGCUGAAUGAAACCACCUCAUCAUCUUCUUCCAGAAUCACCCCCUACUUCAACAUUUCAUCAGACACUGAACACUUUGACCCCUCAUCUCCCACUCUGGCCCAGCUUCAAGCUCAGACUCUGGUCUCACAACAGCCAACACAAACCACACCUGAACCUGAAGUCACUUCACCUCCCGCAGAACAACCAAACCCAACACGUUCUGACCUUCAACCUUCUGAAACAAAUAACUCUGACAUACACCCACCAAAUACAUCCGCUGAACCACAAACUCCCACUUUAAAUCUAAGCCCUCCCAAUUCUCCACCUCCACCCUCUGAACCAGAAAACACCCUGCCAACCCUAGAGGAAGCAAAAAUGUUGUUUGUAGGAGCCUCAGUUGACAAGGUCAAGUCUCUGACCAUCAGUGAUGAUCCUUCAGCUGUUAGGACACACUAG